AUGGUGAGGGUGCUAAGCAACGGUGAAGUGGUUGCCGACGAUGAUCCACGUGCAUUUCGUCAACGCUCGUCUGCACCUCGAUCACAACCGGCGACUCCAACCUAUCACCAGCCUCAAACACAGGCUACUUCAACCGAUGGCUUCUCAUCUUUGUGGAACAACGCCAAUGACCGUCUGCGACAGUUCGGAUUGGAUUCAUUCCAUGUGGCUGGAUAUCGUGUUGAUCCUUUACAUCUAGUAGUCGCAGUGCUUGGAUUUCUUCUUUCCGGCCCAAUGAUGUUGGCCAUCGUCGUGGCAGCAAUUGUUAUUUCUCAAUCCUCGAGUGAUAACACCGCCCCUACUCCUUUUACCGGCACUCGAAAUAACGAGAGCAGUCGUACCGGAGACAGUUCGUACUUCGCUCAAGGUGACGGACCAAGGCAAAGUACUGGAUCUAAAGAUUCUGGCGCUUUCUCGGGCGCUGGUCAGCGGAUGUUAUCGCGUGGUGGAUCAUUACUGAUAGGGAAAGUGGUCCCAUGUUGUUCAACGUCAGUCCCUUUUCGAGCGAAGCGCUCUCCACUGCAGGUGGCUUCUCAACGAAAUUCGAGCACUGUCCCUCACGUUGUAGAAGUUCUGUUCCAGGCGUACAGUUUGCAAUGGAAUCACUACAUGGAGCCGGUUUGUCAUGGCCAAAAGUUGUUUGCGCGAAGGUUACACGCUCAGAAUUUCUUUACGGAAGGUAUCCUGAAGAAGCUUGCUCUACACUAUAAGGUAGAACUUGUUCCGAAUGCCACUAGAACAAAGUUAGAAUUAAAAACUUCCGAUCCAAAGAUAAUUGCACACGGCGAGAAACUGUUGGCUGAAAUGGUUCCUCAGUAUAUGUCUGAACAUGGUCUGCAAGCCACUCGUAUACAAAAUCUCAAAAUGUGCACAAUUCCUAUGUGGAUAUUUUCUUCGUUUGCUGUUAGAAAUGUGAUUAGCUCCGACUUUCACCCUAGCAUCGCCGGCGGUCUUUGGAUUCCAGAUAUGCUGGUACCUGAUCCAUACUUUGUGCUACCGAUUGCUGUUGGGUUGUUUGGUUUCUUAAAUUUAUAUUCUCAAAGAAAAAUAUAUCCGAUUGCUAUGCACACCUGGAGAACAAAAACAUACGACUUCUGUCUGGCGUUUUUCACUUGUUUUGCAGUGACGAUUAUGUGCCAGCUGCCAGCGUGUAUUCCCCUGUAUUGGUUGUCUGUUUCUAUAUCUGGUUUUAUCCAAGCACAACUAUUAAGGCACCCGAAUAUCAAAAAAUUGCUGAGUAUCAGCAAACUGCCGACAGAUUCACGAACACCUAUCAGAGAUCUUUUUAUGACUAGGCCCAAGCAGAUAUAG